CCUGAGAGCGGAGGAAUGGCCGCCGACCACGAGGGGAGGAGGGGCUCCUACCCGACCACCUGGAGCGGUCAGGGCCACUGCCAGGGGUGGAGGAGACCCCUACCGGCCGCUAAAACGCAGCGGAGUCAAGAGAGGACCGCCGACCGCGAGCGGGGUGGGGCUCCUGGCCGACCGACUGGAGCGGGAGAACCACUGCCAGGGGCGGGGGAGACCCCUACCAUCCACCGGAAACGCGGCGGGGCGUUCCGGCCGCCAGGGGCUGGAGGACUGCCUCCGAUCCGCCCGGGGAGGUGCGGCUGUCAUCCACUAGAGGGUGGAGGAGUGGCCGAGGACCAGGCAACGGCGUAUCGGAGAACCAACGAGAAACAGGAGUUGCUGACCAUCUCCAGUGUGCCUCUGGGAGAAUGUCCACCCUCACCACCCCGAACUGCACCACCCACCAUGAAGUCGGCAGAGUUCUUCGACAUGCUGGAAAGGAUGCAGGACGACUAUAUCCCUUACCCCCGGAUUGAGGAUGUCCUGGAGAAGGGAGGUCCCUACCCUCAGGUAAUUUUACCUCAGUUUGGUGGCUACUGGAUCGAGGAUCCCGAGGCCCCAGUCGGAACACCCACCUCCUCAGACAGUAGCUUUUGCGAGGAGGAAGAGGACGAUGGUUUGAGUCCUGGUGGAGGAGGAGGUGGCUUUGGAUAUCGGCUGGAAUGUAACAACACUUCACGGGCUUUUCGCAAACACUUUCUGGGCAAGGAGCACAUGAACUAUUACUGCACUGCAAGUAGUAUGGGCCACCUCAUCAUGUCUUUGAAGUAUGAGGACGGAGAUGGACAGGAGUCACUCCGUAUUAUGCUCAGGUCAAAAACAAAGACCCUUCAUGAACGGAUUCCACUUGAAGGCCUCCUCCAGUUACCAAGCGUACCACAGAUAGCCAAGCUGCUUUGCGAUGACGUCACAGGUCUGAAGUUCAACCCUGCGCUCUACCCUAGGGCCUCGCAACUGAUCGUAUGUUUUGAUGAGCACGAGGUGAACAACACUUUCAAGUUUGGCGUGAUCUAUCAGAAGUUUGGUCAGACAUCAGAAGAAGAGCUAUUCGGGAACAAUGAGGAGACUCCAGCGUUCGCUGAAUUCCUCAGUGUUUUAGGAGAUAAUAUUGAACUGCAGGAUUUUAAAGGGUUCAGAGGCGGUCUGGAUGUAUCUCAUGGGCAGACUGGAUCUGAGUCUGUCUAUACUAUGUUUCGUCAGAAAGAAAUAAUGUUCCACGUUUCCACAAAACUCCCCUUUACAGAAGGAGACAUUCAGCAGCUCCAAAGGAAAAGACAUAUUGGCAAUGACAUUGUGGCUGCCGUCUUCCAGGAAGAGCCCACGCCAUUUGUACCUGACAUGAUCGCAUCCAACUUCCUUCAUGCCUACAUCUUAGUGCAGGCUGAAAACCCCUGCACUGACCAUACCACAUACAAAGUGUCCGUCACAGCUCGAGAGGAUGUGCCUCCAUUCGGCCCCACUCUGCCAAACCCUCCAGUCUUUAAGAAAGGACCUGAGUUCCGGGAAUUUCUGCUGGCAAAAUUGAUUAACGCAGAAAAUGCUUGUUACAAAUCAGACAAGUUCGCCAAGCUGGAGGAGAGGACACGUACGGCACUGUUAGAUAACCUUCAUGAUGAGCUGCACAGACAGACACAGGCCACAAUAGGACUGGGCCCAGCUACAGAUGAAGAAAAACUAGAAAACGGAGGUCAUGGAGGGCUUCUGGAAUCAUUUAAGAGGGCCAUGCGUGUGAGGAGUCACUCUAUGGAAACGAUGGUGUCUCAUAAACACAAGAGUCCAGGAGCCACAGCAGGGGUCCCAUCUAGCUUCAGUGGUGGAGGACUUCAGCAGAACAGUAUGGAGUGUACCAAGAGCACCUUCACUCCUCCAGUGAUGUCUGCAAAGUCUCCUUUAAAGAGUCCAGUAAAGAGGAGGUCUGGUCUGUUCCCCAGACUGCACUCCAGCACAGAGAGUCCAACUGAGAAACACCCAAGUCGCAGUGACCAAAAAUCAGAAGUGUUCACUCACUCACAGGAAGUGAGGUCAGAGACAUCAUCCAAUCCGAGUUCACCAGAGAUCUGCCCAAACAGAGAAAGGCCAUUUGUGAAGCUGAAAGAGUGCAGCGGCAGAGCCAAUAUAUCAAUCUCCCGAUCAUCCUCCAGCACCAGCAGCUUCAGCAGCACAGCAGGGGAUGGAGACGGCCUGGAGGAGCUGGACACGAGCAGUCACCCAUCCAUGGCCUCAUCUGUGUACACUCCAUCUCUCAGUGUGGAAAGCCAGAACUCUGGAAUGCCACUGAUCAUGUGCCGCAGUCCCACAGAUGGAAAGAGCAAAACUUCACCGAGGUCAAACUUGAAAUUCCGCUUUGAUAAACUGAGCCACUCCACAGGUAACUAAGGUCAUACAAAAGACUGCAAGGACAAAAGCACAUUUCAACAGAUCUUUAUAGAUUCAACUGCAAAAGGGACCCUUUUCUUUUGACAAUGCAGCAGUUAUUAAUGUUACAAGCAUAAUACACAACUAAACACUAUAAAACCUGAUCACAGAACCACCGUCCUACAAACCCACACACAAUGUCAAGGGUUUAGGGGACAGAACACAAGUCUUAAUAGAAAUAGCAACAAAUAUCUCUGUUUCAGCUAUUUAAAUGUAGUAGUGCUCAUACAAGUGUUCAAAACUAUCCUUGCGGUCAUUGCUUUCUAGACAGAUGCUAAAUAUUAACACAGCCUCUUGAAAUACUUGAACAGCACACAGUCAUUACAUGUUACAUGAGAUAAGGAGUGCAAAACUGCAUUUUAAGCACCCCAAAUUGUACAGCCACAAUUCAGUCUUUUGGGUGUCAUUUGAGUCUUGUAACACAUUGACCAUCAGUGUAAGCCUUAAAACACUAUGCCCUUCUGACACAGAAGUGGAUUGGUUAGUUCUUUUAUUUGUGAGUGAUGUGAGAAGAGGUAAUAUUUAAUUUACCCUAAGAUAACCAAAGAGGAAGAUUACCAGGGUGGUAUAAAGAGAAAUUAUUUAACAAGAAAAAUACACACUUUAUUAUAUUUUUGAAGCAGAAUAGGUCUGUUCAGAAGAUUUCAGUGUACGUUGCGCUCCCCAAAUUUAGACUUCACAGUACAUUUGUUCAACACUGAGCUGGCAGCUAUUGCUAACUUUAUUGAACAAGUAGAUUGCUGUAAAUGGUCCACACACUUUAAAAACAUGUUUUUUCCCGAAAUAUAUAUACAGUCAAUAUGAUUUACUCUCGCUGGUUCAAUUACAUUUGCUACUGAGUUCUCAAGUGGAGACGAAAAACACAGACACAAUACAGAUUCACAUCUGGCAGAAUGUUACAGUCAUAAACUUUUCUUUUUAGAGGGAUUUUGGAAAUUAUGUGUUAUUUAUAUGCAUAAGUUUGUCUCUUUCCAUUCAGUCAGUAGCCACUGUGGUAAUCACUGGUGUGGGCAUUAGAGAAGAGAGUGAGUUUAAUAUUCUUGUAUAAUAGUGAGAACUUUGUUUGAUAUAAAAUGUGUUGGCAUAUAUGUUUGUACUGCUGCCAUAAUUUAUUGCUUUUGAAAUUUGUUGAUGUUACGUUAAGUGUAAUUGCACUGUACGCAGAGUCAGAUAAAUGAAGAUAAUUUUAAAGAUCAUGCAUAUGUAUAUUUGGUUAUGGCAUGU